AUGUCAUCUUCAUCUAAACCUGUGAAACAGGAUUACAUAACUAAAGUUAGAUAUACAAAUAAUUUACCUCCGCCACCAUUAAAUCCUAAAUUCAUCGAGUAUAAUACUACAAAUCCUAAAUCUAAAAAACAAGAAGGUGAUUUAAUUAGUUCAUUAUUUAGAAAAGAAAAUUUUCGUCAUUUAAUGGAAAAGAUAGAUGAAUCAUCAGGUUUAGAAUUAAAUUUAUUAAAUAAUUAUCAAUUUUUUUAUGAACCAAAUUCUCAAGCAAUUGGUCAAUUACAUAAAUAUGAUAAUCCAAAUGAUAUUGUUGAAUUACAUGAAAAAGAUAAAGCAUUACUUAGAGACGCAGGGGUGGGUAAAAUAAAUAAAGCAGAACCUGGAGUUGCAUUCCUUAGAAGAACCGAAUAUAUUUCUGAAAAACCAACAACUUCUUCACAAUCAUUACAUGAUGAAGAAUUGAAAGUUAAUGAAAAAUUAUCAAAAUCAAAUGAAAAUAAAUUAGAUCCAGAUUCACAAUUAGAAGCAGUUGAAAAUACAUUUACCAUAGCUGAAGAUAUUUAUAAAGAUUUAUCAAAAGUUAAACACCCCAAGAGAAAACAUUUAAAGGCAGUUAACGCAUGGCCAUUAUUACCUGAUACUUCAAUGUUGGAUAGUUCAUUUAUGACAUUAAAAUUUAUGGGCUCAGCUUCAUUACAAAAUCAAAAUAAAAAAACAAUAGAUUCGUCAAUUUUUAGACCUAUAAAAUCUGAAGAUGGAGAGUGGGUAUCAAUGUUUCAAUUAAAUAACGAGUCACGAUCAAAUCAAUUACUUCAAAAGUUAAAUUCAACAGAACGUGAAAAACCAAUAAAUUUAUUAGAUGAAGAAGAAGAAGAAAAUUUGAAUAAUUAUCAAUUUGAAUAUCAAAAAAAUUAUGACAUGCAAUAUUUUGAAAAUCAAGAUCUAUAUGAUGAAUUGGCUAUAAAAUUUGUACCUGAUGAAACAAAUCCCAAGAAGAGAAAAAUUGCAUAUUAUUAUCCAAUUGCAGGUAGAGUUGAAUUGAAAAGACAUCGUGCUUCUAAAAAUUCAGAAAUUAAUAAAUUUAUUAAAGAACGAACAUUUGACGGUAUAAAUUUAAAAAUUAGAGAACCAACUACAAAUGAAUUAAAGAAAUUAGAUAAAAUUAGAUCUGCUUAUGAUCCUAUGGAAUACGAAGGUGAAGAAGAAGACAUAGAUCAACAACAUGAUGCACAAGUUGAAGAACAACAUAGACAAGAGGAUUUACAGGAUUUGGAAUUACAUGAGGAACAAGCUGAAGAAGAUGAAAAUGUUGAAAAUAAUAUAGAUGAAAUAGAUGGUGAUGUAAAUGAAGAAAAGAAUAUUGAUGAAGAUGUAUAUGAACGAAAUAUUGAAGAAAGACAAGUAUCUAUAUAG